CACCAAUGUAGUCAUCUGUGUCUAUGGUUCCGGGCCCGCUCAAAUCAGUGGAAAAUGAUGUGACGUCCUUGCCCACGUCGAAUUUGUGCCUCGCGUAAUACUUACCCAGGUAUAUGCUAUCGUGAUAAUCAGGCAACUGGCUAAAAUAAAUGCCUUCGCUAAGUAAAACCCUACAUCAACACUAAAAGUUCACAGGAAUACAAGGCGAAACAACUACCGCAUACUCCUGUCCUUGGCAGGCAUAAACUUAGUCUACGUCAAUUGUCCCCCAGCCUAGACGAAGUUUCGAAGACUGUCCGAUAUUUUGAAACCUGCGUAUGGGGUGAUUUGGCCAGAGGCUAUUGCUGAUUUACCAGUUCUACGCUUAUGACGAUUUUGCAUACGACAUAUCCACUGCUUUUUGUCUCCCGGAACAGUGUACUUAUUUGGCGCAAAUUGCUUUUCUUGGGAUUGUAUUUUGUGUUCAUUGUGACAAAAAUUGGUUCACGUUAUUUCCGUGCAGCUAGUUCAAGCUCCCUGAACUAUGAAAAGCAUUUAUUAUAUCCAACCGUAACUUUUGAUUCAUCAGUUGACCAAAAUGGCGAAAGAGGUUCUUGGAUGAACAGGAAGUUGUUGGGAAUACAAGUUGUGCGUCCACACCCAUCGUUAAAUUGUACGCCUUUAGCAAUCGAAAAUUUUCCACGGGACAUUUUUACGCAGUCCCAAAGGCUAUAUGGAGCCGUUAUAAUCCAUCUGGUUGUCUCAAUUUAUAUGUUCAUCGGUCUGGCAUUACUUUGUGAUGACUACUUCAUUCCUUGUCUGGAGAGAAUUUGUAAAGUAUUGCACCUUCAGCCUGAUGUCGCUGGAGCAACGUUUAUGGCUGCUGGAAGUUCUGCUCCCGAGUUGGCAACUACCUUGGUUGGAGUAUUUAUUGCAAAAGAUGAUAUCGGCCUUGAAGCUGUUGUGGGUUCUGCUGACUUCAACAUAAUGUUGGUUGUCAGUGUUAGUGCGCUAUUCGCAAAACAGGGCCAUUACCACUGGUUACCAUGGUGUCAGAACUUUUCACUCAUCGUUGGGUUUAACAUGUAAAUGCGAAUUGAUCUCUAGCAUCCUAUUUAUCUAUAAUCCGAGGAAUGUAUAUAAACCGCCAUGUGCCGAAACUCAAGUGAGAUUUAAUCCUCUUCAUUAUAUUUCAUUCGUAUCAAGAGUUUACUAGUGUCUUCAGUCUAUUAUACCCUAAAAUUAAUUUGAAGAAGGAUCAAUUAUCCAGUGAUAACUCAAAACUUCCAUAUCUCCUUGACCGUGAGUCGAACUAUAAUACGUAUUAAAACAGAAAAAUUAAAUACUAAUUACAAGUCUGAA